AUGAAUAUCUUUCGAUUUGUCGGGGAUCUUUCCCAUUUAGCCAGUAUAUUUAUAUUAUUAUAUGCAAUUGAACAAAAUAGAUCUACCAAUGGGUUAUCUUUAAAGACUCAAGCAUUAUAUGUUGUUGUAUUUUUAACAAGAUAUCUUAAUUUAUUCACCAAAUUUUAUUCCAUUUAUAAUACAUUAUUAAAGAUUGUUUUCAUUGCUUCGUCAAUUUAUACAGUUUAUGUUAUGGUUUAUAAAUAUAAAAAACCAAUUCAAGAAAAUAUUGAUACUUUCCCAACUAGAUUUUUAAUUGGUGGUGCAGUGAUUGCCAGUUUAAUAUUUACUCAUAAAUAUUCAUUUGGUGAAGUAGUUUGGUCAUUUUCUUUAUGGUUAGAAGCUGUUGCUAUUAUUCCUCAAAUGUUUAUUUUACAAAAAACUGGUGAAGCUGAAAAUAUAACCACUCAUUAUAUUUUUGCUCUUGGAAUAUAUCGUGCUUUAUAUAUCCCAAAUUGGAUUUAUAGAUAUUUUGCUGAAGGUCAUUUUGAUUAUGUUUCUGUUUUAUCUGGAUUAUUACAAACUGCAAUUUAUUCUGAUUUCUUCUAUAUUUAUUACACCAAAGUUAUGAAAGGUAAGAAAUUUGAAUUGCCAGUAUAA